AAUGGUAGUUUUACUUCCUUUGUGUUCACAGCUAAAAGUUGUGGCAGGCCACGAAUCCCUCUCCAUGGCAACAUGAAAUCACACGUAUUUACGUUCCGUAGUAAGGUUUAUUUUGAAUGUAACCCCGGCUUCAAAUUGGUUGGAGACAAGUAUCGCCAAUGUCAGGCGAAUCAAACAUGGAGUGGACGUUUGCCAACCUGUAAACGUAAGAAAUGAUGCUACUUAGUGUUUCAUUAGAUACUGUUUUACUAAGCAAAUGGAAAGCUCUCGGAGAAAGGGGAAAGAGCGUGAAAAUACAAAUUAGGGACUCAGCGAGCUCCUCCGAAAGAAAGGUAUCUUGCAAACGACAAGUAACAUUCAUGCCAUAGAUUUCUUCCGGGACGAAUCUUUUGUGAAAAUUCAUAUUACCUGUUAUCCUCCACCACAGUCCCCUCUCCCCUCUCCCCUCUCCUUAAACAGUUUUAUUAUGGUCAGUCCUCAAAGCGAUGGAGAAGCGAACAAAUCGGAACUAAGUUUAUUUGCUGUUGCUUUAUAAUUAUCUCCAUAUUUUUCUUUUGUCCUUUAAAGCAAUCGAUUGCGGUAGGUUGUCGACUCCACAUAAAGUUUUAAUAUUUUCGGAAACCGGUCACACGCGACUUGGCGGUUAUGUGAAAUAUCGAUGUAAGGAGAAAGGCUACGAGCUGAUUGGCUCGGAGACUCGAGUUUGUCAAAACGAUGAACAGUGGAGCGGAGUUGAACCUUCGUGCCAAAGUAAGUACUAUUCUUAUACAAACUAACUUUAACAUUACACUUAUAUUCAAAAGAGAAUGAUUCAAUAUGCAAAGGCCAACCUACAUCCUUCACGCAUUCCUGUCUCGCUGUUGUUCAAACUUAGUUUGGUUAUGAAUGUGUGUGUUUCAUGAAAGCUUGCGGUAUUCCAAAUGUCCCAGAAUGCCAUGCCAUUUUUUUAUUUGGCGUUUAAUCUCAUUAUCACGUGAACGUUUGUGCGGCUAAUAAAAUGAAAAUUACGCCGUCUUAAUGGAUAUGUGAUAAAGUAAGUGAUCCUAAAUUUUAAAAAUAAAAAUACACGCGCCCGUGUAUUCUGAAGUAUUUUAACCUUAAAAUUUUUUUUUUACAGUUAUAAACUGUGGGAAUCCAGAUGCCGCAGCUAAUGUUAAACAAAUUAGAAUUACAAAUGGUUUUGAUUAUGGUAGCUCGGUGGAAUUCGCUUGUGAGGCGAAUUACAUUUUGGAGGGAUCCAAAAUAAUAACCUGUGGAGAAACAAAAGAGUGGAGUUCAUCUGCCCCAAGUUGCCUUGGUGAGUAAAAUUGUUACUAAAGAAUCGUAAUAGUCCAUUUUACAGUUGCCUGAUUGCCUGCCAAGCCUUUGAACAGAAGUGAGGCUAAGGUUGACCUUGCUAUGAUACAAACGUUAUUGCUUGUCAAAUGUAAAUUACUUUGUUAGAUCAAGUUGUGCUUACUAGAUAUUGGUCUCUAUCACAACAUGGUCACCUUCAGCCUCACUCCAAAUCAAAGGCUUGGCAACUAAGUUCACAACUGUGAAAUGUCCUAUUGAACGACGUUGUGGUAUAAUGGCGCAGGGGAGGAGGGAAGGGGUUGCUCAUUAUUGAUGCCAACUUCGGAGCUAAACAAAAGAUUAAAUGCUACUGAACAAAACAACAACAACAACGAAAAUCAAGCAACGAAUAAAUAUCUAAAAAAACGCAAGAGGGAAAGAUAUAAAUUAAAAGGUGAAAAUAGCUUUGGCAUCAACAGUUUUAAAGUAAUAAGUAAUGUUUAUGUAUUGAUUAACUCGACUGUUCAAUCGAAUAGUUUUCAGAUCGUAUAGUCAUGGGCCAUUUAAUCCAUUUUCCCUUAUAUUCUCUCAGAGCUUGCUUUCUCAUUUCUUGAAUACAUUACACGACAAACGGAUCAGAAUGCUUACAUUUACACGAAAUUUACCUUUCAGCUCCAUGUUCAGACCCUGGUAAGCCAUGGAAUGGAAUAAGAAUAGGAGAUGACUUUAAGCAUGGGAAAUUCAUAAAAUUUAUAUGCAAUGACGACUUUGAACGUGUUGGGAAAAAAACCAUCCAAUGUUUGAAUGGAAAGUGGAGUCACAAGAUACCCCAGUGCAAAGGUAAAAGAUGUAUUAGAUAGGAACGACAAUGGUUGUUCUAUGAUUAAUAAGCCACAAAAGUAAUCCAAUAGGAAGAUGUGAAGGGAAUGGAAGAUACUGUUCAUUAUGGUUCUAUAGUUAAAUGAACGAUUAAUCGUUUGCCUCACGAUGUGGAGUCAGGCUAUCAAUCGCAUUAAUCGCUUCGUUUCGACUUCUAUACUGCUAAUCUUCGUCAAACGACGAGGAUGAGAGUUUAUUAUUUUAGAUUUUUAUUUAUUUAACAUAUUUGUAAUAUUCAAGGUACGAACCAUUUUGUUUUUUGUUAAUAUCUUAGAUUAGUAAAUUAUAAUUACUCACCCUGUAGAUAUAAUUAUGGGUUUUGUUAUUUGGUCUUUGAUAAGUUAUGUAUAUGGCCCUUUUUCUUUAGAAAUCUCGUGCGGAGAUCCAGGAACACCAACAGAUGGAAGGCAAACAAAUGUCGUCAAAAACUUUGCUUUCAGAGGAACAGUAGAAUUCCAGUGUGAUAAAGACUACACCUUGCAUGGCAAAUCAUCUCUUUCUUGUCAAAGGAACAAGACGUGGGAUGGAGAUGUUCCAAAGUGUUUAGGCAAAUAUCUCUCUUGUGAUUAAAUAUUUGAGCAUUCAGAAGCUUUAGAACACGAUCAAACUGUUUCGUUAUGUUGAAAAGCAAUAUAAAUAAGCUCGAAACGAUUUCCUCAUUUCACAACAAGUUAUCACUUGAUGGUCGUACACUUCCAUAAUUUCUCGUUAGUUUCCAUUGUAAAAGUACAACUUUUCGGGAACACGCUUCAUUGAGUCAUGGUGCCUUCUGCUAAAAAUGAGUUUUGUAGCCCCCGCUCUAUUUAUUAGCGAUCGAGAUAUCGAUUUUUAUAUUGUGAUACAAUUGAAAAAAAAAGGUCUCACGCUUUGUAGUUUAAGCAAAAAAUUCAAGUGCUCGGUCAAGCAGGUCAGGAAGAAAGAAAAGAACUCUUUUGGGGAGGUAUGAUAACCCCUUUUGUAUUUAGUGGAAAGCGACUGUGACUGAACGUUCUCCAAACAUCUGGCCUACAUAAUUGUACUGAUAUUCCAUAUAAUUCGCUUUAAGGAUGGUUAGUGCUGCUAUUUAGCCCGCGAGCUGCUUUCUAGCUCGCGAGCUGCUUUCACUCACGCUCAUAGGGUAUGAUUUUAGACAAAUGCUGUUAUUUUCAUUUUUUUCUAUUUUUCAUUUUUAGCAUCCUGCUCUGACCCUGGUACUCCAAGUCAAGGGAAAACCAUUGGAAGUGCUUUUGAACACGAUUCAGUCGUAACCUUCCAAUGUUUAUCCAAUCGUGUUUUAGAUGGCGCCUCGAAGAUAAAAUGUAACAACGGGCAAUGGGACGCACAUCGCCCAACAUGUAGAGGUUUGAAAGUUUUCUUAACUAAUUGAAUAUCGUUGAUUUGAUAGAGAACUAUAAAUUUUAAAGAGCAAUAUGGCCAUGAUAUGUUUGGUGCAGUAUAGUAAGAAGACGCUAGUUGUGAAGAAGCAAAAAAAAAUGUAGAAGUCAUCCAAUUCAUGUUAUGGUAGACUUCUUGACCCAGUGGAGUGACAGCAACAAUAUUUCGUUGUCAUGUUAAAGUCUUUCCAAUCGGAAGCCUUUAAAAUGGAAUUGAAACUACAGAAACUGGCGGCAACUUGCAUUUUUGAAUUUGUAGCUUAUAGCUCAUUGUCCACUUUAUUUUUACGUUUAAGAUUGAGACGGACCCCUGAAAACCUCCAGAGGAAAUAUAAAGUGUUCAAUCGAAGGACAGACGAGUUAUACUGAGAUAAACCUUCAAAAGGAAAAUAUUAUUACGGCGGCAAGUAUCCAGCUGGGAAAAGAUAAAGGAAAUGUUCUACAGAUUCAAAUAAAAGCGCUUCUUUCCAGCAAAUGGGUACCCAUUUCCAAACCUUUCAAGGUAAAAACCUGAUUACAAUAUUUCCUCUUACUUCCCGUAUUUUUCUGCUCUGGACUGUGGAAGAGUGAUUAAGUGAAAUAUGAAAAUUUGACAAUCAAGUAGCAUAGUCAUAUUCGCUAGCACAAGUAUAACGUUAGAUUUUUACACCAACAGCCAUCUUUCAGUGAAGGAGUGAGAACAAUUAAACUUCCUCAACCGGUUAUUGCUCAGUCUUUGCAAGUUCUGCUCAUCACCAGACAGAGACUCUCUAGUUGUUUAACACCGACAUUAUAUGGAUGUGAUGCAGUACGUCGAGGUUAGGCUACUUAGUUCAUAGAUGAAUUGUAUCUUUAAGUUCUCUCUCCAACACUCUCUUUAGAUAAGCAUCCACAAAUUAAAAUGGAACGAUUUCAUGACUAAAAUGUAGAAAAUUAAAACGUAUUUUCUUCUAAAAUCACAGUGAUUAGCAUUGAUGGUUGCAUAAUGUAUUAAAUAAAUCCUUUAGACGAGAAACUGUUCCGAGUUCAGCUUGAGAAUCACCUCAUUUUUAUGCAAUAACUAUUCGUAUUGUUGUCUAGCCUCACGUUUUGCGUCCUUGUCUUUUUAGGUUGUAUCAUGCCAGGCUCCGCAGUUCUCUUUAAAGAGGGAGGAAAAUAUCGUAAAGGGCGUUUUGCAUUUGUCAAGUUGGAAGUCAUUGUAGGAAAACAAUACAAAUAUUUAAGCAAAGAUGACAUACUAAUUCUUGAUGAGAAAUCUAACGUCAACCAGCUAACUGAAGGCACUAUAGUCGUUGGAACAGAUUCGCAAGGGAAAAUAAAGAGGGGAAACAUAAAAAGAUCGUGCAGUUCCACUUCCUGUCCUAUAGAAACAAACGGUGUAGAGUGGCAGAGCAAAUUAGAAAACGUUCGAUUAUUCAAAGGAGAAUUGUGUAAAUAG